AUGGCUAGCGUUGCUCAACUUGUUGUCUCGGGCUUGUUGGCUGCUACUGCGGUCAACGGCCAGAACUACGGCGGAUCUGGUCGAAGCGAUGACGCUUUCAGUUAUGUCCAACCCCGUAACACGACUAUCCUUGGCCAGUACGGACAUUCGCCCGCUGUCCUUCCGUCGCCCAAUGCGACCGGAUCAGGUGGCUGGGAAGAAGCCCUUGCCAAAGCCCAGCAAUUUGUUGCCCAGUUGACGCUCGAAGAGAAGGCCGACAUGGUCACCGGUCAGCCCGGGCCUUGCGUUGGAAAUAUCGUGGCAAUCCCUCGACUGGGCUUUAAGGGUCUUUGCUUACAGGAUGGACCCUUGGCCAUUCGUGUCGCUGACUAUGCUAGCGUCUUCUCGGCUGGUGUCACGGCGGCAUCGACUUGGGACAAAGACAUUUUGUAUGAACGAGGAGCGGCUAUGGGAGAAGAGUUCAAGGGUAAAGGUGCCCAUGUCGCUCUCGGCCCUGUAGCUGGCCCUCUCGGACGCUCGGGAUACGGAGGCAGAAACUGGGAGGGCUUUGCAGCAGACCCUUACCUGACUGGUGUCGCCAUGGAGCUUACCAUCAAGGGUUACCAGGAUGUCGGCGUUCAAGCCUGUGCGAAGCACUUUAUCGGCAAUGAACAAGAGACCCAACGCAAUCCGAACUAUAACCCUAACGGCACCUUAACAGAUGUUAUCCAGGAAGCUGUUUCCUCCAAUAUCGACGACCGAACUAUUCACGAGCUAUACCUCUGGCCAUUCGCCAACGCCGCCCGUGCCAAGGUGGCUAGCGUUAUGUGCGCAUACCAGCGCCUCAACGGCUCCUAUGCCUGCCAGAACUCGAAGGUCCUUAAUGGCCUCCUUAAGGAGGAGCUCGGCUUCCAAGGCUAUGUCCAGUCUGAUUGGGGAGGUACUCACUCUGGCGUCGCCUCUAUUGAAGGUGGUCUUGAUAUGAACAUGCCGGGAGGUCUCGGGCCGUACGGCCAAACCCCCGAAGCAGGCUCCUUCUUUGGGAAGAACAUUACCCUGGCUGUUAACAAUGGAACUGUUGAUGUUUCUCGCGUGGAUGAUAUGAUUGUCCGUAUCAUGACACCUUAUUACUGGCUCGGCCAGGACCAAGACUACCCCGAGAUUGACCCUUCGUCUGCGGACCUCAACACAUUCUCACCUCGGUCUACCUGGCUUCGCGAGUUUAACCUGACUGGAGAGCGCAGUCGUGAUGUCCGUGGUGACCAUGGCAAGCUGAUCCGUAGACACGGGGCUGAAGCCACUAUCUUACUCAAGAACGAGAACAAGGCCCUGCCCUUGAAGGCUCCCAAGUCAAUUGCUGUCUUUGGUAAUGAUGCUGGCGAGACUACCAUGGGCGCUGUCAACCAGGCCACCUUUGAAUAUGGUACCCUUGCUGCCGGUGGCGGCUCAGGAACCGGCCGUUUCACGUAUCUGGUCUCACCGCUGGAGGCUCUCAAGUCCCGCGGUAAGCAGGACAAUACUCUGGUUCAGUGGUGGCUGAACAACACCAACAUCGCCGAGUCAGACGUAACUAGCCUUUGGGUACCCACUCCACCUGACGCCUGCCUCGUCUUCCUCAAGACCUGGGCCGAAGAGGGCUCGGACCGCGAGCGACUCGUGGUGGAUUGGGAUGGAAACGACGUUGUCGACUCUGUCGCUUCGAAGUGUAACAACACUAUCGUCGUUACCCACUCCUCUGGCAUCAACGAGCUUCCUUUCGCCAAUCACCCGAACGUCACUGCCAUUCUCGCCGCUCACUACCCCGGACAGGAGUCUGGUAACUCCAUUGUUGAUGUGCUCUACGGCGAUGUCAACCCCUCUGGAAAGUUGCCAUACACAAUUGCUAAGAACGGUAGCGAUUACAAUGCGCCUCCCACGACGGCCGUAGAGACUACCGGCGCAGAGGAUUGGCAGGCAUGGUUCGACGAGAAGCUCGAGAUCGAUUACCGUUACUUCGAUGCCCACAACAUCUCCGUGCUUUACGAAUUCGGAUUCGGUCUGUCUUACACGACCUUCGGUCUUUCCGAUAUCAAAGCUGAGGCGCUGACGGACUCUAUUUCCUCGGCCCCCGAACAACUGCCUAUCCAGCCCGGUGGAAACCCUGCCCUGUGGGAGAGUCUAUACAACGUGUCCGUUGUUGUCACAAACUCUGGUGAUGUAAACGGAGCGACAGUCCCUCAGCUCUACGUUACCUUCCCGGAUAGUGCCCCUGCUGGAACUCCUCCCAAGCAGCUCCGAGGAUUUGACAAGGUGUCCCUGGCACCUGGUACGUCGCGCACUGUUGGCUUUGAGCUCAUGCGCAGAGACCUGAGCUACUGGGAUGUCGUCUCGCAAGACUGGUUGAUUCCUGAGGGUGAGUUCACCAUCCGGGUGGGUUUCAGCAGCAGAGACCUGAGCCAGGAGACGAAGAUUACUCCUGUGACCGCUUGA